GACAGAGAGGAGUGGGUGCGUACCAAGACGAUCGAGUAUGAAGCCCUCUGUCUCUCUCUCUCUCUCCUCUUGCCCUCUCCCUCCCUUGCCUUGCCCGCCUGAGUGGAUGGGCGUGGCGUACGACUGACUGCCUGUACACGCGACACGGACUAGUGAGCUUCUCACUUGGCUGCUUGCUUCAUUCAUCAGGGGAUCGAUCACACAUGGGGAGCUAUGACAGCACCGGUUCUUGUGGCUGCGACGGCGGGGACGGCGGCACCUCGGUCGUGCGGCCGGGGACGCUCAGCACCAGACGGUCGUUCUUCACCGCAACCGAUAUCAGGUCGCCUGCACAUCACGGUGAGAGUGUGUGUGCCCAUCCUCCUCGAUCGUCCCUCCUCACUGACUGACCUUCUUUGAAGUCUCCCUUGAGGAUCCCCUUGGCGAUGGGUGUCUCGACUUCCCUCUGGAUGGUCCUCUUGAGCGGCCGCGCGCCGUACUGCGGGUCGUAGCCGAUGUCGGCAAUGUAGGCCAUGGCGUCCCCGUCGACGCGCAGCUUGAUGUUCUUGUCGAACAGACGCUCGGCAACCUUGGCCAGCUCCAGACCUACGAUCUCACGCAACUCUGAUGACACAAACAUAGAGAGAAAGAAAGAGGGAGAGAGAGGGUAAGUGGUUGCCUUGGUUGGUCGAUCAGUGCCUGCCUGGCAUGCUGGCUGCUUACCGUCUUUGACAAGCGAGUCGAAAAUGACAAACUCGUCGAUGCGAUUGAGGAACUCGGGGCGGAACGUCUCGCGCACGGCGUUCAUCACACGCCUGCACAUGACACAACACAACACAUAUCACAUAACACAUUUCCCACUCUGUGUGGCCCGUGCCCCUUUCUCUCUCUCUCUCUCUCGUUGGCGUACGUCUUGAUCUCUUGCGACAGAGAUCGGUCUCCGGCGAGUUCCAGGAUGCUGGUUGAGCCGAUGUUGGAGGUGAAUAUGAUGAUGCAGUUCCUGAAGUUGACGGUGUUGCCCUUGCUGUCCGUCACGCGCCCGUCGUCCAGGAUCUGCAGCAAGAUGUUAAACACGUCGGGAUGGGCCUUCUCCCUGCACACACACACACAGACACGCCGCGGCAAACCAAACCGACACACAAGUGUAUGGUGUUUGUCGUGUGUCUGUCUGUGCUUCGUGUGGCUGACUACUGACAUUUCGUCGAAGAGGAUGACCGAGUAGGGCUUCCGUCUGACUGCGUCGGUGAGCUGCCCGCCCUGCUCGUAGCCAACGUACCCCGGGGGCGCGCCGAUGAGCCGCGAGACGGUGUGCUUCUCCAUGUACUCGCUCAUGUCCAGGCGGAUCAUGGCGUCCUCUACACACACACACACACACACACACAGAGAGAGAGAGAGAGGGAGAGACAGAUCAACAUCACCUCAAUCAACAGAUCGGCCCGUGCGCUGCCUACCCGUGUCAAACAUGUACUGCGCCAGCGCUUUGCAGAGCUCGGUCUUGCCGACGCCAGUGGGUCCGAGGAAGACAAGCGACGCGAUCGGCCUGUCCGGGUCGUUGAGCCCCGCCCUGCUCCUCUGAAUGGCCUCCGACACCACCUUGACAGCGUCGUUCUGGCCCACGACCCUCUUGUGCAGCUGGUCCUCGAGAUUCAUGAGCUUGUCCCUCUCAGUCUGGCUGAGCUUCUCGGCGGGUAUUCCGGUCCACAUGGAGAUGACGGUAGCGAUGUCCUCGACAGUGACCUCGUCGCGGAGGAGCCGCUGGCCGCCCGCCGUCUCCUCGUUGUACUUGUCUUCCUGGUCACGAAGCUGCUUGUCCAAAUCAGGCAGCGUCUCGAACCGAAGCUCAGCUGCACGAUUGAGGUCGAAGUCACGCUCGGCUGCAGGCAGGCAGGCAGGCAUACACACACAGAGGGAGGAGGGAUUGAGGGGCCCGUUGGCUUGGCUGUGUGUUUGUGGAUGUGUGUGGAUGGUGGAUGUGUGUGCGUGUGUGUGUACCUUUAUCGAUUUCGACUUUGACGACAUCGAUUCUCUCCUUGAGAGCCCUGAUCAUGUCCACGCGCGACUUCUCCUUGCUCCACGCAUCCGUCAGAGAACCCUGCACACACACGCACGCACGCAGGAGCAGUCAUUCAAUCAGCCGGCCUCUGUGGAUGGAUGGAUGGAUGAGUACGUCAAGGUGUGGUGUCCGCUGUGCACCUACCUGUUCAGCCUUCAGCCUCUCGAUUUGGCUCUCGAUGCUGCGCAGCCGCAGCAGCUCCUGCUCGUCCUCGAGAGUGCGCUUCCCAUCUGCACAGAGAUACACACACAUACACAGAGUCACAACAUACUUCCCAUUUCCUGCCUGCCACUGACCUCCGGUGAUUGAGAUUUUCUCCAUCUCCAGCUGGAUGAGUUUCCUGUCGAUCUCGUCGAGCUGCACGGGCUUGCUCGUGACGGCAAUCUUGAGCCUCGCGGCGGCCUCGUCCACCAGGUCGAUGGCCUUGUCGGGCAGGAACCGGUCGCUGAUGUACCUGUGGCUCAGCUGGGCCGCAGCCACGAGGGCCGAGUCGAGAAUGCGGACACCGUGGUGCACCUCGUAGCGCUCCUUGAGGCCGCGGAGGAUCGACACGGUGUCCUCGACCUGCGGCUCGUCCACCGACACCUGCUGGAAGCGGCGCUCGAGGGCCUUGUCCUUCUCGAUGUACUGGCGGUACUCGUUCAUCGUCGUCGCGCCGAUGCAACGCAACUCGCCGCGGGCAAGCAUCGGCUGGACAAUCACACAGACAGAUCGACACAGACAGAUGGACAUAGAGAGGUGAGGAGACGGAGAUGGAUAAGAUCGAUCGUGUUGGCGUCGGUCGCACCUUGAGGAGGUUUCCAGCGUCCAUGGCGCCGUCCGAUGCGGCCCCCGCGCCGACGACGGUGUGUAUCUCGUCGAUGAACAUGACGAUCUGCCCCUCGGCCUCCUGCACCUCCUUCAGGACCGCCUUGAGCCUCUCCUCAAACUCGCCCCGGUACUUGGCACCUGAUCCAUGAAUGGCGGCAAUGGAUGGAUGGAUGGCUAUGUGAGCGGCUGGCUGGCUGACCUGCGAUCAUGCCGCCCAUGUCGAGUGCGACGAGUCUCCUGUUCUUGAGGGAGUCGGGGACGUCACCCGACACGAUCCGCUGGGCCAGCCCCUCAACGAUGGCAGUCUUGCCCACACCUAUAUAUAGGUAGACAGACAGCCACACGUACAACCAACAGAUGGAUGAACAGUCAGCGUGGGGCGGGCGGCCUGUGCCCAUCCAUCCAUCCAUGUGCGUGGCCUUACCAGGGUCGCCGAGCAGGAUGGGAUUGUUCUUGGUCCGUCGGGAGAGGAUCUGCACCGUCCGCCUGAUCUCGGUGUCACGACCUGCACGCAAUGACACAGACACAGAAUGAAGGACAUGCAGCCUCUUAUUGUCUGUCACGUCACCGCAACACGCACACACACCGGCAGAGGUUCAUAAGGACACCUCCUCGCCUACCGAUGACGGGGUCGAGGCGGCCGGCCUUUGCAGCUUUGGUGAGGUCCCUGCUGUACUUCUCAAGUGCCUCGUAGCUGGCCUCUGGGUUCUUGGACGUGACCUUCUUGGACCCCCUGAUCUGAUCCACACCGUCCUUGAGCUUGUUCAUCGACACAUUCUGACGCUGCAGAGCCGUCCGAGUGAACCUGACGCACACACAAAACAAGGAGAUGGACAAAGGGGAGUGGGGGCCCCCCGUGUGUGGGUGUGUGGUGUGUACUUGGUGUCCUCGACGGCGAGGGCGAGCAUCAUGUGUUCGAUGGAGAUGUACUCGUCUCUGUAUUCCUUCUUGUAUCGCCUUGCGGUGGUGAGGACGUUCUGCAGCCCCCUUCCCAGCACCUUCUGCUCGCCGCCGCCAAACCCCAUCAUCUUGGGCAUGCUCUUCAGGUGCUGGUCAAGCUCCUCCUGCAGCGUCUUGACGUUCGCACCGGCCUUGAACAGAAUGCGCUGCGCCAGCCCGUCAGGACCCUCAUCCAGCAACGCUGACACACACACACACACACCCCGACCCAAACCAGUGCAUCAUCCACACAGCAGGUACGCCGCCGCCCGUACGGCCCGUGUAUGCCGUUGCCUCCCUCCCUCCCUCCCCCACUCACCUUUGAGGAGCAUCUCGGCCUCGACGUAUCCCGACUGGUAUUUGUCGGCCACCUGGUUGAGCUGACUCAUGGCGUCCCAUGCCUUCUCCGUGUAGUCGUUGGCGUUGAUCGUGUACCCAUCUUGCAUCCGCAGACUCGUCAAGGGCGCCACACGACGCACGCCGCUCGGCAGCAACGGCCGCCGAUGCCGAGCAAUGGGAGCACGCACGGCUGACGCAUCAGACAGGCAGACAGAUGCACAGAACGACACACAAGCAAGGCGACAGAGAUGCGACGAGACGACAGACAAGCCGUGUCUGUGUUGUGGGCGGCUGUCUGUCUGUGCGUACCUGGCAUGGCGAGAAAAGCUGACGAUGCAUCACUGAUGGCUAUGGGGAGCCUCAGAUCUGCAGGUGACACAUCCAUCCAUCAUAGCAUUCCAUGCACCCACCGACAGCACAGGCAGCAGUCCGGUGUGGGACACCCAUGCGUUUCAUGCAUACCUUCCGCAGCAGUGGGCAUGCCAAACAGCACGGGAGCCAGCAGCAGCAACAACGUCAGCUGCAUCAUGACCCUCUCCCUCCCAGCACAGCGGAUCUUCGCAAAUAAGGAACCAGAUCUUGGGCAGAUGGCCUUCUCGGGGGUCGCGAUGGCUGGAAGACAAGAGAGAAUGAGGCAAG